AUGUUAACGGGUGUUUUUGGUUGGUUUGCGCUAUUGUUUGAGCCGCUAGCUUUUCAGCCCCCUCUGAUUCAACCUCAACCGCGACUCAGGAAUGAUGACGGUCAGAUCCCAAUUCCUGCACCAGGGCCAUGGCAGGAUAUUAUCACGGGUCACUAUGGCGUCCCUGCCAUACUGAAAAUUCAUGAUAGGAAGGGUGUCGUGAAAUGGAGUUGGCAGAGGGAGGAUGUGACACAGGUGCUUCCUCCUCGGAUUAAGAGCGGUCUUUUCAGCAAUGCCAACGACGCGACGGAGAUGAAGUGGAUGCGAGACGGCAAGAGUGUCGGUGCCAUCUACAGCAAUCUCGUCGUCGUCAUCAACCACACUCCCGAAUAUCCCUCCACCGAUAAACAAAUCACCUUUGCCGUCAGCAGAGAGAGCGAUGACUUGCGAAACGCUCACACCCUCGAACCCCUACCCGGUGAUCGCCUCGCGGUCGCCACCACCGGACAGCGACCCUGGGAUGGAAUCUUGGUUUAUAACAUGAGUUCGGCUCUUCCCCUCGUGGAUGAACCUCCAGUGUUGCAGAGGGUUGAAGGUCUGCGCGCUAUUCACGCUAUGAUCUGGGAUGAGGAACUCCAGGUGCUGUGGGCGACGGGGACCGAUGCUGCCGCGGAUGGCUCAGAUCCCGUCCCGGCCUACGGGGUGAUCCAGGGAUAUCCGUUUGAUGCCGUGUCGGGCCAACUCCGCGAGGAUAAAGCCUAUCGAUUCCGAUUCCCCGAGUAUUACGAUAUCGAUACUGAAUGGGGGCAUGGAUAUAGUUGGUGGUCUGGACCGCAUGAUCUCGUGCCGGUCCCCAACGAACGGACUUUCCUUGUCUCGAACGAUAUCGGUCUCCAUGCAUUCGAUAUUAAGACGAUGCAAUUCACCGCCGCAUACGAAGAAGUGACUGACAAGUACAUGCGCGGGUUCGAGGUCACCACCAACGAUCGCCAUGGGAUCAAUCGUCAGGGACAGUACGAGGAGUUGCCGCAGUCGGACCUGAAGGGGUUCAGCCUUGCUCCCGAUGGAAGCUUCGUAUACGUCCAGUCUCUAUGGAACCUGUACCGAGGGAACCAUACGAGUCUCGUGGUCGAUGGUGUGCGUCACCAGAUCAUGAAGGGAGAUGAGAUCUAUCGGUCGCGUUGGUUCGGAGACAUCGAUGGCUGGCCCAAACCGAGAACGUAG